AUGGAAUUCCCCAAUCAUCACUAUACACAUUCCACCCCAACAGAGAGACACGUGUGUCUCUCAUCCACUCAAUCACGCUCUCUAUCACCUCGGGGUCAUCUUGAAACUUUGAUCUCCAGACACGGUUACCCCACUCCUGUCUCCCUGUCUUCCUUGCGGGAUUUGACGGCCACUACUUCAACUUAUAAUCCCCCUUCCCCUCGACCGAGACGUUACCGUUCGGAUUCUCCGCCGACUGACGCUUUUGACUCCCUCUCUCUAUCCGCAACAACUCGUCCUAUUCCAAUCCCCAGACGAGCCGUACAAGUCUACGACGACGAUCUCCCAGUCACCCCUCUUACAGGGAGAUUUGAUAAAGACGACUAUUUUGACGAUUGGGAACGUGCUUCCUUAUCAGCCAAGUCCAGGCACAUUUUGCCUCCUUCAUCCGGCCGCCACGGCCGUCACUCAAGCAUGCGCUCUGAUAAUUCUCCCUUCUACUCGCCGGUUGCUUCGCCUACAAUGUCUCCCAGACAACCCAGCUCUCCGCAACCCUCGCGCUCUUCGCGAACCCAAGCACCAGCAAAGUCCGUGCCGGGCUUCCAUCUCGGAACUUUGCCCCGCUUUCACCCCGCAGUCUAUCAACCUGCUACUUCAUCUCAUACAACACAGGGUCAACCCCCUUCGCCACGCCAAUCUCGCCAACACACGUACCGCACAGCAUCGGGCUCUGCUCGAGAUGUGAAGUGGCAGUAUCGUGAUCUACUCGAUGGUUCUAGCCAGAGUCCCUCUGCACCGCGACUGGAUCCACUGCGUAGUCCUGGACCAGUGACUCCCUUGGCUCUGGAAUCUGGGGACUAUUUGGCUGCUGGCUAUGUUGGCGCAGAGCGCGUCCCGCGAGACAGUUCCAGCGAACAUGCGGGCCCACCGCCAGAUUUGGUGGAAAAGUUGAUCGCGCGAGAAAAUGAAAAAGCGCGACAGCUGAGCCGCAAAUCUGCCAAGGGCCGAUGA